UAUACUAGUAGUCCUACACCAGACGUAUACGCGUCUUUCUUGUUCUUCAAUCCACCUCUCUCUCUCUCUCUCUCUUUCCCAUUUGUGUUUCUCGUGUUUGGUCAGAGUCAACAAUAACAUAACAACCCUUCCCUACUUUCUCGAGUAUUGAAUAGAAAACUCUUCCCACUACUCGCAUUAAGAAAACCGCCCCAAUACAUUAUUUCGCAUUAUUCGUGUCAAAGGUUCAAACUUUCUGCUGCUUCUACUUCUGCUUCCCCAGGGAACUAGGGUUCAGGCUUGGGUGAAAGCCUCGACCUUUGGUUUUCAUUGCCUUAAUCAACAUUAGAAAUGUCGUCUGCUGGUGUCACCAUCCUUAGCCCUGUUCCAAGGGAACUGUUACUGUCUUCAAAUGGAUACCAUACUCCACUGCACUUGUCAUUGGAUCAUGAGUUUAUUUUCAUAUUUCUCUCCCAUUCUGGAUCCUUGACUCCGAUGCGUGUCCUUCCAUACGAUACCAUUGAGUCGUUGAAACUCAAAAUCAAAAAGGUCGAGGGGCUUCCUUCAUUGACAAACAAACAAAAGUUGGUUUGUGAUGGACGAGAGCUAGCGCGGAGCAAUUCCCUGCUGAAGGACUAUGGGGUUACGGAAGGAAAUGUUUUGCAUUUGGUGAUUAGGCUGUCGGAUCUCCAGACCAUCAGUGUGAGAACCUCUUCCGGGAAAGACUUUACCUUUCAGGUGGAGAAAUGCAGGGAUGUUGGGUAUGUGAAGCAGCAGAUUGCAAAAAAGGAGAAGCGCUUUGCUGAUCCUGAACAGCAGGAGGUUGUGUGUAACGGGGAGCUGCUUGAGGAUCAGAGGGUUAUUGAUGAUAUCUGUAGUAAAUAUAAGGAUGCAGUGAUUCAUCUGUUUGUUAGGGUGAAAUAUGCUGAAGUUAGGACAGGACAAGAUGAGUUGUCGGUCAAGGCAAAGGAGUUGAAUGGUACAAAAGAUUACGAUGCUAGUGAAAAUAAUUGUAGUAGAGAACGUGAUGUUAGUAAAGAAGAUGAGGGAAGGGAGGAUGGAACCACCGAGCCAAUUGUGGCAAGGAAGGCUCUUGAUAGAGAUCUUUUGGAGCCUGUCAUUGUUAAUAAGAAAAUUGAAUUGGCUUCAGAGGUUUGGAAUAUGAUUAACAUGACAUACGAAGGACUAAACAGUGGAAAUUAUCCAAUCAGAUCAGCAGAGGGUACAGGGGGAGCUUACUUUAUGCUUGAUUCAACUGGGCAAAAGUAUGUAUCUGUUUUUAAGCCCAUUGAUGAAGAACCAAUGGCUGUGAAUAACCCUAGAGGUUUGCCUUUCUCAGUAGAUGGUGAAGGCUUAAAGAAGGGUACUAGAGUUGGUCAGGGAGCGUUCAGGGAAGUUGCAGCUUAUAUUUUGGACCAUCCAAUGAGGGGUCAUCGAUCAAUAUUUGGUGAUCAGAAGGGCUUUGCUGGGGUUCCUCCAACUGUUAUGGUUAAGUGCUUGCAUGAAGGAUUUAACCAUCCUGGGGAGUUGACUGCUAAGCUUGGCUCCUUGCAAAUGUUCGUGGAGAAUAAUGGAAGCUGCGAGGAUAUGGGUCCCGGGGCUUUUCCAGUGAAGGAAGUGCAUAAAAUUACUGUUCUGGACAUGAGGCUCGCAAAUGCAGAUAGGCAUGCCGGGAAUAUUUUGAUCGGCAAAGAGGAGGAAAAUGGCCAGGCUGUGUUGAUUCCAAUUGAUCAUGGAUACUGCUUGCCCACUAGUUUUGAAGAUUGUACCUUUGAAUGGCUUUAUUGGCCCCAAGCACGCCAACGAUACUCUCCUGAGAUCAUUGACUAUAUAAGGUCACUGAAUGCCGAUGAAGAUAUUGCCCUUUUGAAGUUUCAUGGAUGGACUCUGCCAGUUGAAUGUGCACGCACCCUUCAAAUCUCAACCAUGCUUCUGAAGAAAGGAGUGGAGAGAGGAAUGACCCCUUUUGGCAUUGGAAGCCUUAUGUGCAGGGAAUCCUUGAACAAGGAGUCUGUGAUUGAGGGAAUUGUAAAGGCAGCUCUGGAUUCUGUUCUUCCUGGCACAAGUGAAGAAACAUUUCUUGAUGCUGUUUCUGAAAUCAUGGACCAGCACCUUGAUCAGAUUCUGUCAUAGAAGUUGGUAUAUAAGUAAUGUUCUGUAUAAUUGUUUUUCAGUACAUAUCUAUAGCUCAAAUGGUUGUUUUACAUUAUUUCAAGUAUGACUUCCUAGGUCUUAACUUCUA